AUGGGUUUCCUUAGGAGACCUACAUUGCGCAGUCGCGACGAUCAGAGGACGCGCGCUGCUGAACUCACCUUGCGCGAGUCCAUCUAUCCACUCUGCCUCGUCACCAUUCUUUUCUUCCUUUGGGGUUUCUCGUACGGCCUUAUCGAUACUUUGAACAAGCACUUUCAGGACGUCCUCGGCAUAACGCGUGCUCGCUCUUCUGGCUUGCAGGCAGCAUACUUCGGUGCAUACCCGCUCGCUUCACUGGGACAUGCCAACUGGCUACUGCGCCAUUGGGGUUACAAAGCCACCUUCAUCUGGGGGCUGUGCCUUUAUGGUUUAGGCUCUCUGCUUGCUUGGCCAUGUCUCGUUUACCGUUCGUUUGGGGGCUUCUGCGUGGCUAUCUUCGUAAUUGGUAACGGACUCGGCUCGCUUGAGACAGCAGCAAAUCCUUAUCUAGCCGUUUGUGGACCACCAAAGUAUUCCGAGAUCAGAAUCAACAUUGCGCAAGCUUUCAACGGCAUUGGCACUGUGGUCGCGCCGGUCCUUGGGUCCUAUGUCUUCUUCAACCACGUAGGAACCGAUCAAACAGCCCUUGAGAAUGUACAGUGGACGUACCUCGGCAUCGCAUGUUUCGUCUUUGCCCUUGCGAUUCUGUACUACUUUACAGAAAUUCCUGAGAUUACUGAUGCCGACAUGGCUUUCCAAGCAGAGAGUACUCACGCUGGUACUGAUGUAAAACCUUUCCGCAAACAAUAUCGUUUGUUCCAUGCGACCUUUGCUCAAUUCUGCUACACCGGGGCGCAGGUGGCGAUAGCUGGAGCGUUCAUCAACUACGUCGUCGAGACACGAGUUACAGCAGGCCACGAGACAGACAACUCAACAGCAGCCCGUUUUCUUGCUGGUGCACAGGGCUGUUUCACCAUGGGUAGAUUCGUGGGUAGUGCCCUCAUGAAGUUUGUCAAACCACGAUGGGUGUUUCUCGUCUUCAUGACAAUGUGCAUCAUCUUCAUCAUCCCGGCCAUUACCGAACGAGGCAAUACUGGCAUGAGCAUGCUGUACAUUGUACUCUUUUUCGAGAGUAUCAUCUUCCCGACCAUCGUUGCGCUUGGCAUGCGUGGAUUGGGCAAGUAUUCCAAGCGUGGCUCAGGCUUCAUUGUAGCUGGUGUUUCGGGCGGCGCUGUCGUGCCCCCACUGCUCUUCGGAGCGAGUGAUACACUGGGAAAGGCAAGGCCUCUUGAGGGAUACUCGCCAACUGCCAUUGCGAUGACUGUUCCAUUGGCGUUUUUUGUCGCAGCGUGGAGUUACUCUUUCUGUGUCAACUUUGUGCCAGCUUACCGCAACGUGGCAGAUAAGUUCUCGACGGCAGAGAUUGGCAUCAGCAAUGCGCACGCAAAUGACCCGGAGAGCCAGAUGGAGCAGAAAGAUGGUGGCGCACUUGGUAAGAACGAGUCGCCAGCACAUACAGAGGCGGUGGAUAUCGACAGUAAGACCUAG